UACGAGAGGCGGUAGUUCCGCAUAAUCGUAUAAACUGCUGCGGCCUCCCCAUGUGGCUUUCAAUACACAGCGCUACGGAGGGCGAUACGGAACCACACGACAGACAGAAUGGCAGAAACCGAUGUUGACAACGAGCUGUUGGACUACGAGGAGGACGAGGAGCCGCAGGUCGCAUCGGAGAGCGCCGUUCCCGCGGGCAAGAAGGAGGUGAAGGGCUCGUACGUGUCCAUCCACAGCUCCGGGUUCAGAGAUUUCCUGCUUAAACCGGAGCUGCUCCGCGCCAUCGUGGACUGUGGAUUCGAACAUCCAUCCGAAGUGCAGCACGAGUGCAUCCCCCAGGCCAUCCUGGGCAUGGACAUCCUGUGCCAGGCCAAGUCAGGCAUGGGGAAGACGGCCGUGUUCGUGCUUGCCACGCUGCAGCAGAUUGAGCCUGUCGACGGCCAGGUGUCUGUCCUGGUCAUGUGCCAUACACGCGAGCUGGCCUUCCAGAUCAGUAAGGAGUACGAGCGCUUCUCCAAGUACAUGCCCACCGUCAAGGCGGCCGUGUUCUUCGGGGGCAUGGCCAUCAAGAAGGACGAGGAGGUGCUGAAGAAGAGCUGCCCUCACAUCGUGGUGGGCACGCCCGGACGCAUCCUGGCCCUCAGCCGCAACAAGACCCUCAGCCUGAAGAACGCCAAGCACUUCGUCCUGGACGAGUGUGACAAGAUGCUGGAGGCUCUGGACAUGCGUCGUGAUGUGCAGGACAUCUUCAGGCUGACCCCUCAUGAGAAGCAGUGCAUGAUGUUCAGCGCCACGCUCAGCAAGGACAUCCGGCCUGUCUGCAGGAAGUUCAUGCAGGACCCCAUGGAGGUGUUUGUGGACGAUGAGACCAAGCUCACCCUGCAUGGCCUGCAGCAGUACUACUGCAAGCUGAAGGACAGCGAGAAGAACCGCAAGCUGUUUGAUCUGUUGGACGUGCUGGAGUUCAACCAGGUGGUGAUCUUCGUUAAGUCUGUGCAGCGCUGCGUGGCUCUGUCUCAGUUGCUGGUGGAGCAGAACUUCCCUGCCAUCGCCAUCCACCGGGGCAUGAACCAGGAGGAGAGGUUGUCACGGUACCAGCAGUUUAAGGACUUCCAGAGGAGGAUACUGGUGGCCACUAACCUGUUUGGCCGUGGCAUGGACAUAGAGAGGGUCAACAUCGUCUUCAACUACGACAUGCCUGAGGACUCAGACACAUACCUACACAGGGUGGCACGUGCGGGCCGGUUUGGGACCAAGGGUCUGGCGGUCACCUUCGUGUCGGACGAGACGGACGCCAAGACGCUGAACGACGUGCAGGACCGCUUCGAGGUCAACGUGGCUGAGCUGCCCGAGGAGAUCGACAUCUCCACCUACAUCGAGCAGUCCAGAUGAGUCCUCCAGCCCAGAGGAAGUUUUCUUCCCGUUCUGCCUCCAUGUCUGGGCGUUACCCCUCCGUCACUGUUAAAGCUCCCCUUCUCCCCUCUUCUGUCUACCCACACCUUUUAUUUGACCUCAAUGUGAAGACGGGGCUUUUUACUGUUUUUGUUUAUUAGUUGUUGUUUUUUUGGUCAAUGAUAUUAAAACAAACUUUUUUU